GUGCUUUUCAGGUUUGGUUUUUAAUUCCCUUCGUUUCCUGUUCCGGAGGCGCGGGAGGUGCUCUGGUUUUAGCGUGUGCAGAAUAAGCCUGGCUUUGCUCCGUCGUUGACCUCGCGGCCCGGGAGACUUUUUAGCUUAUAGUCCCUGUGGAAGAUGUGACAUUGACCCAGACGGCACGUCACGAUGCAAGGCAAUACUUGAAUAAGAAACCGACUCUUGGGGCAAGCCCUCGUCAUGUGGAAGAAAUGCUAACUGUUUUAAGACCACCACCAUCAGUCAUAGAAUGUCGUUCCACUCAGGACGAGGGUGUCCUCGAGGGCGAGGCGGACAUGGAGCCAGACCUUCAGCGCCAGCCUUCAGGCCCCAAAAUCUGAGACUGCUUCACCCCCAGCAGCCUCCUGUGCAAUACCAAUACGAGCCUCCGAGUGCUCCUUCCACCACGUUCUCGAACUCUCCGGCCCCCAGUUUUCUGCCUCCACGACCAGAUUUCGUACCCUUCCCUCCCCCGAUGCCUCCGUCAGCCCAAGGGCCCCUGCCCCCCUGCCCAAUCCGGCCCCCCUUCCCCAAUCACCAGAUGAGGCCCCCCUUCCCGGUGCCUCCGUGUUUCCCUCCCAUGCCGCCUCCGAUGCCCUGUCCUAGUAACCCCCCGGUCCCUGGAGCCCCUCCAGGACAAGGCACUUUCCCCUUCAUGAUGCCCCCGCCUUCCAUGCCCCACCCCCCGCCCCCUCCCGUCAUGCCGCAGCAGGUCAAUUAUCAGUACCCUCCUGGGUAUUCGCACCACAACUUCCCACCCCCCAAUUUCAACAGCUUCCAGAACAGCCCCAGCUCUUUCCCGCCCAGCGCCAGUAACAGCAGCAGUCCUCAUUUCAGGCACCUCCCCCCGUACCCACUGCCAAAGGCUCCCAGUGAGAGAAGGUCCCCUGAGAGGCUCAAGCACUAUGAUGACCACAGGCACCGGGACCACAGUCACGGGCGCGGCGAGAGGCAUCGGUCCCUGGACCGGCGGGAGCGAGGCCGAAGCCCCGACCGGCGGAGACCCGACAGCCGCUACAGGUCGGAUUACGACCGCGGGAGAACGCCUUCUCGCCACCGGAGCUACGAGCGGAGCAGAGAGCGGGAACGGGAGAGACACAGGCAUCGGGACAGCCGAAGAUCACCGUCUCUGGAAAGGUCCUGCCCAAAAGAGUAUAAGAGAUCUGGAAGGAGUUACAGUUUGCCAGUCGCUCCUGAACCUGCUGGAUGCGCACCAGAAUUACCUGGGGAGAUUAUUAAAAAUACAGAUUCUUGGGCCCCACCCCUGGAGACUGUGAAUCAUCGCUCCCCAAGUAGGGAGAAGAAGAGAGCGCGUUGGGAAGAAGAGAAGGACAGGUGGAGCGACAGCCAGAGCUCGGGCAAAGAGAAGGGUUACACCUCCAUCAAGGAGAAGGAGCUGGAGGAGGUGCUGCCCGACAAGAACGAGGAGGAGGAGGAGGAGCUGCUGAAGCCCGUGUGGAUCCGCUGCACCCACUCGGAGAACUACUACUCCAGCGACCCCAUGGAUCAGGUGGGAGAUUCCACUGUGGUCGGCACAAGCAGGCUCCGUGACCUGUACGACAAGUUUGAGGAAGAGCUCGGGAACCGGCAGGAGAAGGCCAAAGCCGCCAGGCCCCCGUGGGAGCCCCCCAAGACGAAGCUGGAUGAAGAUUUAGAAAGUUCCAGCGAAUCCGAGUGUGAGUCUGAUGAGGACAGCACCUGUUCGAGCAGCUCAGACUCUGAGGUUUUCGACGUCAUCGCAGAAAUCAAACGCAAGAAGGCCCAUCCUGACCGGCUGCACGACGAGCUCUGGUACAACGACCCAGGCCAGAUGAAUGAUGGACCACUCUGCAAAUGCAGCGCAAAAGCCCGGCGCACAGGAAUCAGACACAGCAUUUAUCCCGGAGAAGAGGCCAUCCAGCCCUGCCGCCCCAUGACCAACAACGCAGGCCGGCUCUUCCACUAUCGAAUCACCGUCUCCCCUCCCACCAACUUUUUAACUGACAGGCCAACUGUUAUAGAGUAUGAUGAUCACGAGUACAUCUUUGAGGGAUUUUCUAUGUUUGCACAUGCCCCCCUGACCAAUAUUCCACUGUGUAAAGUAAUCAGAUUCAACAUAGAUUACACGAUUCAUUUUAUCGAAGAGAUGAUGCCUGAGAAUUUUUGUGUGAAGGGACUUGAACUAUUUUCAUUAUUCCUAUUCAGAGAUAUUUUGGAAUUAUACGACUGGAAUCUUAAAGGUCCUCUGUUUGAAGACAGUCCUCCCUGCUGCCCAAGAUUUCACUUCAUGCCACGUUUUGUAAGAUUUCUUCCAGACGGAGGGAAGGAAGUGCUGUCCAUGCACCAGAUCCUCCUGUACUUGCUGCGCUGCAGCAAGGCCCUGGUGCCCGAGGAGGAGAUCGCCAACAUGCUGCAGUGGGAGGAGCUGGAGUGGCAGAAGUACGCGGAGGAGUGCAAGGGCAUGAUCGUCACCAACCCCGGCACGAAACCAAGCUCUGUCCGCAUCGAUCAACUGGAUCGUGAACAGUUCAACCCCGAUGUGAUCACUUUUCCAAUUAUCGUUCACUUUGGGAUACGCCCUGCACAGUUGAGUUAUGCAGGAGACCCACAGUACCAGAAACUCUGGAAGAGUUACGUGAAACUUCGCCACCUCCUAGCAAAUAGUCCCAAGGUCAAGCAAACGGACAAACAGAAGCUAGCACAGAGGGAGGAAGCGCUCCAGAAAAUUCGGCAGAAGAACACAAUGAGGCGAGAAGUGACGGUGGAGCUGAGCAGCCAGGGUUUCUGGAAGACCGGCAUCCGUUCUGAUGUCUGUCAGCAUGCAAUGAUGCUACCUGUGUUGACUCACCAUAUUCGCUACCAUCAAUGCCUGAUGCACCUCGACAAGUUGAUAGGAUACACUUUCCAAGAUCGUUGUCUGUUACAGCUGGCCAUGACUCACCCGAGUCAUCACUUAAAUUUUGGAAUGAAUCCUGACCAUGCCAGGAAUUCUCUGUCUAACUGUGGAAUUCGGCAGCCCAAAUACGGAGAUAGAAAAGUUCAUCACAUGCACAUGCGGAAGAAAGGAAUUAACACCCUAAUAAAUAUUAUGUCUCGCCUUGGCCAAGAUGACCCAACUCCCUCAAGGAUUAAUCACAAUGAACGGUUGGAGUUCCUGGGUGAUGCUGUGGUUGAAUUUCUGACCAGUGUCCACUUGUACUAUUUGUUUCCGAGUCUGGAAGAAGGAGGAUUAGCAACUUACCGCACUGCCAUCGUCCAGAAUCAGCACCUUGCCAUGCUAGCGAAGAAACUUGAAUUGGAUCGAUUUAUGCUUUAUGCCCAUGGACCUGACCUUUGCAGAGAAUCAGACCUUCGCCAUGCAAUGGCUAAUUGUUUCGAAGCAUUAAUAGGAGCCGUGUACUUGGAGGGGAGCCUGGAGGAAGCCAAACAGUUAUUUGGACGCCUGCUCUUUAACGACCCGGACCUGCGCGAAGUCUGGCUCAAUUACCCUCUCCACCCGCUGCAGCUACAAGAGCCAAACACUGAUCGACAACUUAUUGAGACUUCUCCAGUUCUGCAGAAACUCACAGAGUUUGAAGAAGCAAUCGGGGUGAUGUUUACUCACGUUCGGCUUCUGGCAAGAGCGUUCACACUGCGAACUGUGGGAUUUAACCAUCUGACCCUAGGCCACAACCAGAGGAUGGAAUUCCUAGGUGACUCCAUAAUGCAGCUGGUGGCCACAGAGUAUUUAUUCAUUCACUUCCCAGACCACCACGAAGGACACUUAACUUUGUUGCGAAGCUCUCUGGUGAAUAACAGAACGCAGGCCAAGGUGGCAGAGGAGCUGGGGAUGCAGGAGUACGCCAUCACCAACGACAAGACCAAGAGGCCUGUGGCCCUUCGCACCAAGACGCUGGCAGACCUUUUGGAAUCAUUUAUUGCAGCGCUGUACAUUGACAAGGAUUUGGAAUAUGUUCAUACUUUCAUGAACGUUUGUUUCUUUCCACGAUUAAAAGAGUUCAUUUUGAAUCAGGAUUGGAACGACCCCAAAUCCCAGCUUCAGCAGUGUUGCCUGACACUGAGGACGGAAGGAAAAGAGCCGGACAUCCCUCUGUACAAGACUCUGCAGACGGUGGGGCCAUCCCACGCUCGAACCUACACCGUGGCUGUUUACUUCAAGGGGGAGAGAAUAGGCUGUGGGAAAGGACCCAGUAUUCAGCAAGCGGAAAUGGGAGCGGCAAUGGAUGCACUUGAAAAAUAUAACUUUCCCCAGAUGGCCCAUCAGAAGCGGUUCAUUGAACGAAAAUACAGACAAGAGUUAAAAGAAAUGAGGUGGGAAAGAGAGCAUCAAGAGAAAGAGCCAGAUGAGACUGAGGACAUAAAGAAAUAAAGGACACGGAAGUGGUGGUGUAUUUACUCGCUCAGUGACUGUGACCGUCGCCCAUCGAGACCUCGCCCAGUUUUCCUGAGACGGUGAAUGAAGUGUGCCCUUCGAAGUAAACCCAGAGCCAGCUCAGUCUUGUCGUUUCACUGAUCUCGUAUUCUGUUUUUAGCUGGAUAGUCUUCAUUACCAGGCAUUCGAUUUCUAUUUAAUGGAAAACUUUAGUGCAUAUGCAUAUUUCUUUUUAUUUUUUCUUUAAAACAAUAAAAUUUUUAAAAGUUUGUUGUAUGUGGACUAGAGCCUGUUUUUCCAUCUCUGUCUGAGAUGAUUAAUCCAGACUUUUCAGCUGACAACUGAAAAAUUCACUUUACCACAUAUUUGGACCACUCUCUACCAACAUAUAGACUUUUUGCAAUCUCUGGAUCGUUAGCUAGGUUUUUUAGCUUUCGUCUGGAUGUUUACCAAGUUCUCAGCUGCAGAUAUUGAACUUAACCUUCCCUAAGCAGUGAGUCCUUUGUGGAUGGGGUCCCACUUACUGGUGGCCGGGGAGCUAUCUUUGAAUCCCAUCUCUGGGUCCGUAGGUCGGGUGAACCCAUGGUUCCAAGCCAGACGACACCUCACAGCAGGCACUCACCCCCCUGGGGCCAGGGGACCCUUUCCGAAGUUCAGGGCGGACUUCAGGGAAGUCUCAGGACCUCCUGAAAUUUGGUGCAUGUGUUUGCUUUGGGUGUGUGUGUGGAACUGCAAGAGGCUCCGAGAUUUCCUCCACUCAGAGUGGCCCCAACAACACCUAGCGUUACCUGAAAGGUCGCGACACUUUUUAAAAAACGUUGUUUUAAACUGAAUGUCACUGGUUUCUUAUUA